GUAUACCGGGCGAGGGAGAUAACAUCUUGCCACCAAUUUGCUGUAGAAGUUCAUCUCUCGACACUCAUCUCACGAAUGAGCCACCGCAGCUGAGCCUCACCGAUUUAUAUUAAUAACAGCACUAAUUUCUAUAAAUGUCAAGGUGUGUACAGUAGCCGUGUUCACAUUGAGGCUGCUGUUUGCACACCUCGGGGCGCGGGUUCACAUUCCAGGCAGUGUCUCGUGAUAUCAGUGACGAUAAUGAAAAUAUUUUAAGUAUUUUACUUCCUUCUUCACCGUCGCUAUAAGAGAAAGGUCCUGGUCCAGCGUCUCUCUGAGCCACACAGUGAGCGAUCCCAGCGAAGCCAUGAGUCAUGGCGAGCACGACUCCCAGUGAGAGUGCGGAUAGUGAGCUGCGCUGCUCCAUCUGCCUGGACACGUUCGUCUGCCCCUCCACGCUGAGCUGCGGACACUCGUUCUGCCUGCGGUGCCUGGAGGCCGCCUGGGAGACGGCGAGCAGCUUCAGCUGCCCGCAGUGCCGAGCGACCUUCCCUGUGCGACCCCAGCUGAGGAGGAGCGUGGCCCUCGCCAACCUGGCGGAACAGCUCAGAGUUGGAGUCGGGAUGGCCGCAGCUGUCAUGUGUGACAUCUGCGGUGAUGGCCACACUCCUGCAGUGAAGACCUGCCUGAGAUGUGAGAUGUCCUUCUGUGUGACGCACUUGAAGCGUCACGUGGAGAAUCCCAGGUUGAGAGAACACCUCCUGGUGGCUCCCAUCGCGAACCUGGAGGAGCGACGGUGCCGGGAGCACAGCAGGGAGCUAGAAUUCUACUGCACAGUAGACAGCAGGCUGGUCUGCUCAACUUGCACCAUCACAGGAAAACACACAGGACAUAAGGUCCUGACGCUGAAGGACGAGCACGAGACACGGAAGACGCGCGUAGGGGAGGAGACGCGAGCGGUGGAGGAGAAGAGGAAGGAGGCGGAGGAGUCCGUGAAGCGGAUGGAGGCCGCUCGCAAGGAGGCGCAGGUACCGUGUCCGGGCCGGGCUCUUUGAGCCCCGUCAUCUCCACUCAGUGUGGAAGUCGUGGAGGUCAAAAUUUAUUCAAGCGAACUUCGUGCAGCUUCAUAACUGUGAUACCUCUUAAUUAAAUCAUUCACUUUUGAACUCAACAUUAACUACAAGGGGGUUCCACAUUUACUGCAUUCGAUAACCGCAUUGGCGAGUCUGCCGCAAGGUCGGGUUACUCGGCAUUGCGUCUUCAACUCCUGUGGGAAAAAAAAGUGUCGAGAGUGUCACGGAUUGUCGGGGUGGAGCUGUGGUGCAGCUGUUGCACUGCACGGGAGGUCGCGCACCGGAACGGAAGCAGAGGCACGAACACCGCACAGCUGCACCUCACACCGUCCCUAAUCGCGUCACCGGAGUUUAUUUAAAAUACAACUAUUUUUAUUUUACCAGUUAAGGCCCCACUGAGCUGUGUAGAUUUUUUCAGAAGUGACCCUGGCUGUCACAAACAAUAGCAGCUCAGCAAAGUGGCUGGCAUCAUCAUCAUCACGUGAAAUAUAGCAGCAGACCCAUAGAGAUACAUAGAGACCCAUAGAUGUACAUUGGGACAAAUAGUGAUACAUAGGGACACU